UCGCAGCGGCGCACGCGAGCCUCUCACAAUCAGCUGGCCGGCGCCAUGGACACAGACUCACCUCCGAAGCGCCAGAAGUCCGAGGAUCUAGAGGUGACUGGAGUAUCUCGGAGUGGGAGAGUGAGAAAAAAAUCAUCGAAACUCGUUGACUUUGAAUCGCCAGUUGAUAGCCCAGGGAAAGUAUCAAAAAAAUUGCCCCCGCGAGUGCACAUUCGAGAUCAUUACGAGGUGGCAAUGGGUGGUAAUGGGGAGAGUGGGAGUAGGAAUUCAGGAUCACUGAAUUCGCCCCUGAAGAUAAAGCAAGAGGUGUCGGAGACUGAGACAUCAGAGACUGAGUUCGAGGAUGUGGGCAAUACGAAUGAUGAGGACAGUUUUUCGAUGGAGUCGCCCUCCGAGGAGGAGGUGGACCCUCUGCUGAUUGACGAGAAGGAGAUGGGCUUCAUGAAGCUCGAGGUGGAGGAUGAGGGAGCACCCUCCCAGGCCAGCAGCCUCUACAUGAUGGAGAAGAGCAGGAAGAAGGUCUGCAUCAAGGAUGGGAAGAUCAUUGGACGGAGCAAGGCGCAGAGGAAGGAUAAAGGGAAAACAAGGUUCACUGCGUACAUGCUCUGGUCCAAGGCAAUUCGUCAGGAGUUGACUGAGAAGUGUCCUUACAUGGAUUUCGCUGCAAUUUCCAAACGCCUAGGGGAAUUAUGGUCCACCGUUCCCAACGUUGAGAAGUACAACUGGCGAAGAAGAGCCAAAAGAAUGAGGGACGAAUGCAUGUGGAAGACUCCAGCUCCGUCACCGAAGAAAAAGUUUAUCAAUAAAAUUGGUAAUGGAAAAGAGAUGAGAGGUCCCCCGCCCCCGAAGAAGAUCCAAAUAGUCCUGCAGAAGCCCUCGCACAUGGUCCCAAUGUCCUCCCCAUCGAGGGCAGUGAAGAAUUUGGUGAACGAGCCAAUUGUUGGGACUGGAAUGUACAAAGUCAUUGGAACCCAGCCAGUGGACGUUGCAGCACACCUGAAGCUCCUCGGAGAGUCUCUAACGAUCAUUGGAGAACGCCUGAAGGAGCACGACGGACAGAUAGCUGUCUCAGGGAGUCUCUCAGUCCUCCUGGACUCUCUCCUCUGUGCCCUGGGCCCUCUCAUGUGUCUCACCCAGCAAAUCCCCGAGACUGACGUCGUUAGGCCUGAAAUAUUCGCCGAAAUGCUUGACAACAUUGCUUACGUCAUGCCAGGACUGUAAACAUUGUACAUAACUGCUGUUUUUCUAUUCGUAAUUAAUGAUAAUAAAAUGUAGUUUUUGACUUUCCGAUUGACAGGGAUGUCAUUGUUUCAAUCCGUAAGCUUAAUUAAUUAGGCGUUUUCUAUUCUUUUAUUUAUUUAUUUCUUUAUCAAUAAAGUGAUAAAGUUGUCGAAUGAAAAAUAGUGUCGAGUGUUUUUCAUUUUUUUAGUUAUUUUAUGGAUUUGGUUUGUGCUGUUUUGGAAAUUUUACACCGAGGGGCUAUCUACACGGU